GGGAGCCGAGAGGAGCCGAAGCCGCCCGAACGGUCGGAGCAGCCACCCGAAGGUACCGGGGUGGCUUCGAUGGGAGCCGACAGCUCCCAUUGCCCCCCUGUUAGCCACCGCUGAGUCCCCUGACCCCCCCCAUUAUUCGGAUCGGCUCGGAACGGCCCGGCUCGGCACGUCUCGGCACAUCUGAGGCCCUGUCAAUCACUCUUCUUCCUGCCCCGCUUCGACACCGCCCCCCCACUCCUCUGAUUGGCCGAGGCGCCACCCGCGCAGCCGCCUUUCUUCACCGUCUGCAGUACCGAACAUUGGCCACAUGAUGGCAGCACCAGUCGUCUCUCGGCGCCGUACCUCCGCUUUCCCGAUCGCCGCCCGAAGGACACACGUUUGCUAGUGUUUGAUACUCCCAGUGUGGACUAUGGCAUCCAAGACAAAGCAGAAGAAACAAGACACCACACGUGCUGGAAAAAAUAAGCAAGAAAUAACAACCAAGAAUGGAGAUACAUCCAAAGUAGUAAGUGACAUGGAAAUACUUGCCCAAGAGAGAAAAUCAUACUUGCAGAAGGAAUAUAAGGUUGUUACUGAACAUAUGAACACAUAUAUGGGAAGGAUAGAGUAUUUCCUACAGGAAAAUAAAUUCCUAGAAAAGGAAGCCCAACAGAAUCAGGAAGAGGGCAACGCUUACCUCUCUUACAUAAAAAAACACAGCCAGAAGUGCCAGGAUCUGAUAAUAACAUUAAAUGACCAGAAUCAUGCUGAUCUGUCUGAAGUUGAGAUGCAGAAAAAGAAGCUCAUCUCACAGUACACAGAAAAAGAAAAGGAUGUAAGGAGCAAUCUGAUGAACAUGGAGUCAAAGUACUCUCUUCUGAGCAUGGAGGUUGAAGACCUGAAGCCUUUCAAUGACCCAUCUUAUCGAAAGGAACAGAUAAAAAAGAUUAAGCAGCUGCAGAAGGAACUGUUGUUCACAAAGAUACAGCAUUCAGAUGAAAUGCACAAAAUCAAGACCAGAUUUCUGCAGGCCAAGGAUGACUGUAGGAUGGACUUUCAGCAGAAAAUCCAGGUUCUCACCAAGAGAGCAGAAGAAGCAGCAAUACAAUCUCUAAUUCAGCAUAUCAAGCAAGUAAAAGCAGAGAAUUGGCAUCUGCGGCAGGAAUUGCUCAGACUCAUCCAAUACUCAAAAAUCCUUAAAGAAACUAAAGUUCAAUUGAGAGAGCAGCAGGAGCAGCUUCUUCGGGAGAACCAGUACAUUCAGGACAUGGCACAUGCACGACACAAUGUAACUGGUGAAACCUCCAGGUCUCACAGCCUUUUCAGAUGUGCCCAUUAA